AUGGAGAUAAUUUUGGGGUAUCAGGAUUACGCAAUUGAGGAGUACUCGCCGUCAAGAUGGAUCGCUGUACGAGGGGAGGCGCAACUCAGGGGGGUGAGAGUCAGGAAUGACGCGAUGGAGGCGAUAAAAGGGCGGAAAAGGUCGCCUUAUAUACAACGCACGGCAGAAAUAUCCAUGAGACAAGUUCGGAGCGAGAUCGAUCAGCCAGGCCCUUGCCCGCCGGAUGCAGCAUGUCGGAUGAAGAUCAAAGAAAGAUGCACUACACAGCCCGCACAGAGUCAGAAACUGUUCCGUGAUCCCCUUGGCUUGAACACCCUGGGCGGCGUUCCGGACUCGAGCUCGACGGAGAAGCAGUUCUUCCUAGCCGAAUUUGACCGGAAGCAACCCGGACCUGUACUCGUAGGGCGCAGAGUCAUCGUGUUUGACCCGAGCCCGCUGCGCUCGACCAACUGCAGCUUGGCCAUUUGGCAGGGUCGCUGUGCCGCGGAGUAG